AUCAAUCCUCUUCAUCACUGAGAUAUUUGAAGUUUCUAAAAACAACGCAUCCCAGUUUCAAUCGACAAGUCAUUUAUUAUGCAACACAAUCUUCAAAUUAAGUAAUUUGUGUCACCUUAGCAUUGAUCUUAUUCCUUCCAGAUAUUAUUGGUUUAUGUUGCGAAUUGCAGGAGGUCAGUGAUGCUCCACUAGUAGGGUGAGAAGAAAGUUGCUAUGGAGGAAUUACCGGACCAUAUAGUUUGGGAGAUUUUGGAUAGGAUUGAGAAAAUUGUGGACAGGAACUCUGCUUCAUUGGCAUGUAAACGCUUCUAUGAGCUGGAUAAUGAACAGAGACAUUUUCUUCGUGUUGGCUGUGGACUAGACCCUGCAAAUGAAGCACUGACUUCCCUUUGUAACAGAUUUCCAAACUUAACAAAAGUGGAAAUUACUUACUCUGGUUGGAUGUCAAGACUAGGUAAACAGCUAGAUGAUCAAGGGCUUUUCGUUCUUUCUAACAACUGUAUUUGCCUAACUGAUCUCACGUUAAACUACUGCACUUACAUCACCGAUGUGGGUCUCCGGUACUUGGCUGCUUGCUUCAACCUAUCAGCUUUGAAGUUGAAUUUCACUCCAAGAAUCACUGGAUGUGGUAUAUUAUCUCUUGUUGUUGGUUGCAAGAAUCUUACAAUUCUCCAUCUCAUACGUUGUCUAAAUGUUAGUAGUGUUGAAUGGCUGGAGUAUCUUGGCAAGCUUGGAACACUAGAAGAUCUUAUGAUUAAGAAUUGUAGAGCAAUUGGGGAGGGUGAUUUAAUAAGGUUAGGUCCUAGCUGGUGGAAGCUUAAGCGCUUGCAAUUUGAAGUGGAUGCUAAUUACAGAUAUAUGAAGGUUCAUGAUCGAUUAGCAGUAGAUCAAUGGCAAAAGCAGUUGGUUCCAUGUGAGAACAUGGUGGAGCUUAGCUUAAGUAAUUGUAUUAUCAGCCCAGGGAGAGGGCUUGCUUGUGUGUUGGGGAAGUGCAAGAACUUGGAGAAGAUUCAUUUUGACAUGUGUUUUGGUCUAAGGGACACUGACAUGAUAAACCUGGCCAAAAGUUCAAGUAAACUUCGGUCUAUUUCCCUUCGAGUGCCUUCAGAUUUCUCCUUACCACUUUUGAUGAACAACCCAUUAAGCUUGACUGAUGAUAGUCUACGAGCCUUGGCUCACAACUGUAAGAUGCUUGAAUCCGUCAGGUUAUCAUUCUCCGAUGGCGAGUUUCCUUCUUUUUCAUUGUUCACUCUAGAUGGAAUCCUUACUUUGAUUCGCAAAUGCCCUGUUAAACGACUUACUCUCGACCAUGUUUGUUCCUUCAAUGAUGCUGGGAUGGAAGCUCUUUGCUCAGCCAAGUAUCUUGAAAUCUUGGAACUUGUUGGAUGUCAAGAAAUUAGCGAUGAAGGGCUGCAGCUUGUGAGCCAGUUCCCUCAGUUGUGUAUUUUGCAGUUGAAAAAAUGUUUGGGGGUAACAAAUGAUGGAUUAAAGCCGCUUGUGGGUUCAUACAAAUUGGACUGGUUGACUGUGGAAGAUUGUCCUCGAAUUUCCGAAAGGGGUGUUCAAGGAGCUGCGAGGUCUGUAACUUUUCGGCAAGACCUGUCGUGGAUGUAUUGAAUAAGCUCUGAGGGUUUAGUUACCCAUUUGUGCAGUGUAAGUUGUUUCUUUUUCCAUUUGUUAUUGUUGUGAUUAAUCCCUAAUGUAUUGUAAUAUGUUGCUAGUAUUAUUCUUGUGUAAGAUAAUUGAAAUUAUGGCACUGUACUUGUGAUACAUUUACUAUUGUAAUCAAAACUAAUGAUUUGUUGGAAUAGACUAUCUUAUUUACUUA